CUUGUUAAACCUCAAUUGGCCUAUUCAAUACCCGUGGACAAUAGCGACCGAGAGUUUGUGUCGAAACUGAAGCAAAAACACAACGCACGAAAUACGGAACAGCCGGAAGAGCGUUUAAGGAUUCGAGAUGAACAGCAGGAAGGAGGGGAUUGUAGUGGGCGAUUGGAGUGGAAUAGUGACCAACAGGAGACGGAGAAUGAACAUCCAUAUAAGAGCGAAUUGGAUGGUUUCGAGAUACCCGCGUCUCAGCUGCAGUUAGGUGAAAGACGCCAAGUUAAAGCACUUGAAGACACUGAAUUGGUCAUGGUUGAUACGGUUGAGAAGUUGGAGAAGGUUAGGGAUGAACUGAAUGCAAGCAGCGCGUUUGCGGUCGAUUUGGAGGUUAAUUUUGCAAUUUUUGUGAUUUUUGUUAUCGUUUUCAUUCUUAUUAUUCUUUAUUGUUUGCAUUAUUUUAUUUGUUAUCAUUAUUGUUAA